AUGUCCGACUCUGUCUCCAAACUCACAGCCCUCAGAGGGCUCAUGAAAGACCACAACAUCGACGCCUACAUCGUACCAUCGGAAGACGCUCAUUCGUCGGAGUAUCUCGCUCCCUGCGACGCCCGGCGGGCUUUCCUCACAGGCUUUACAGGUUCCGCCGGCUGUGCCAUCGUCACCCACGACAAGGCUUUGUUAUGGACCGACGGGAGGUAUUGGAUACAAGCUGAGAAGCAGCUCGGUCCUGGGUGGAGUCUGAUGAAGAGCAGUGCGCCGGAUGUACCUACGUGGAAUGACUGGCUUGCUACCACACUCGACCCAACCAGCAAGAUCGGUAUCGACCCCACCCUCCUCCCCUUCUCCGAAACAACCACCCUCCAAACAUCUCUCGCCUCUUCCUCUUCUCCUUCUUCCCCAGGAACCAAAACCUCCCGCCUCAUCCCCACUCCAAACCUCAUCGACCCCCUAUUCACGCCCACCCGCCCGCCCAAGCCCUCUGAACCCAUCUUCCUCCUCCCCACAACCUACACCGGUGAAUCCCUCGCCUCCAAACUCGCCCGUGUCAGAGUUUACUUGGACCUCGCGGGCAGCCCGGGGGUGGUGUUGAGUGGCUUGGACCAGGUGGCGUGGAUCUUGAAUUUGAGGGGGAAUGAUAUACCGUAUAAUCCGGUGUUUUUUGGGUAUGCUGUGAUCACGCCGGGAGAGGCGAGGGUGUUUUUGAACCUGCUAGUCUUUCGGGGGAACAAGAAACCUCAGUUGGGAGGGCCUUCUACGGUGACGGGUGCGAAUGGCGAAAAGAUGGAAAAGACGGACAAAAUGUUGAUCGGUACCAAGACGAGUUGGGCUAUUGCCCGUGCGCUUGGGGAGGAGAAUGUGGAAGUGCGACGGAGUAUUGUGGAUGAUUACAAGGCUCAGAAGAAUGCUACGGAGAUCGAGGGGUUCCGCCAAUCCCAUAUCCGAGAUGGCUUCGCCCUCGUCCGAUACCUCGCUUGGCUUGAAGAAGUGCUCGAGAAUGGAGAAGAGUGGACGGAAUAUGAUGCUGCGACCGUCUUGGAAAACUACAGAAAGGAGAACAAGUGGUUCAUGGGUCUAUCAUUCGAAACCAUCUCGUCCACCGGAGCUAACGCCGCGGUGAUUCAUUAUGCUCCGCCGGAAGAAGGUAGUGCGAUUAUAAGGAAGGAUCAGAUGUAUCUCUGCGACUCUGGCGCGCAGUACCUGGAUGGGACGACGGAUGUUACUCGAACUCUUCAUUUCGGUACCCCGACUGAAGACCAGAAAAUCGCUUUCACGCGGGUUCUCCAAGGACAUAUCUCUCUGGACACUGUCGUCUUCCCUGAAGGUACCACAGGCUACAUCCUCGACAUCCUCGCCCGCCGCCCCCUCUGGUCCUCCCACCUCGACUACCGCCACGGCACCUCCCACGGUAUCGGCCACUUCCUCAACGUGCACGAAGGUCCCCAAGGUAUCGGCCAGCGUAUCGCCUACAACGAUGUACCCCUGAAGGAGGGGAUGGUGAUCAGUAAUGAGCCGGGGUGUUAUAAGGAGGGGGAGUGGGGGGUGAGGAUUGAGGGGGUUGAUGUUGUUGAGCGUAGGAGGGCGGGAGGGGGGCCGGGGGAGAAGGGGUGGUUGGGGCUGGAGCGGAUUACUAUGUGCCCAAUCCAAACUAAACUCGUCAUCCCCGCCCUAAUCUCCCCAGACGAGAAAGACUGGUUGAACGCGUAUCAUUCGGAGGUGUAUGCCAAGAUAUCGCCUUUGUGUAAGGAGGUUGGGGAUGAGAGGGCAUUGGUUUGGCUGGAAAAGGAGUGUCGGUUUAUAUGA